CAUUGGAGUGCAUAGCUUCCAAUCCGAUAACCUGGACUUACAGCCCAAGCACUGUGUGGUUCUUUAGACCUUGAAUUCGCGCCAUUUGUGGCUGAGUCCACUCACUGACCUGAUGCUUCGCUAGUAGACGUCGUGUCAAACAUCUCUUCUUAGACAUAGAUCAGGAUGGGCAAGUCAGAGCCCGCGGACAGCAAGUCUCCCAAGAAGGAGGAGAAGCAGCCAGCGAAGCCAGUGGGCAAGGACAUUCGCAGCUUCUUCAGCAAACCCCCUGGCGGAGCCAGCAAGCCGGCUGCCCCAGCCGCGAAGGCUGAGGCCGGUGGCGGUGCCGUCGCGUCGGCGGCCGUGAAGGAGCCAGCGGCGACAGCAGUGAAGGCGGAGCCGAAGGCUGCGGCAGCGCCGGCUGCGGCCAAGCCUGCGGCCUCGGCCUCCCCGCCGGCCGCCAAGCCCGCAGCAAAGAAGAGCAGGGUCAUCAUCGACGAGGAUGAUGACGAUGACCUGGUGGUGGUGGAGAAGAAGAAGGCCUCUACUCCGAAGAAGCAGGCGGGCGCCGCCGCUGCGGGCACGGACUCGAAGAAGCAGCCGCCGGGCAGCGGCGGCAAAGGCUCCGGGGGCAAGAAGGCUGCUAGCGGCAAGGCGCCUGCCGCCAAGAAGCGGCGUGUGGUGGCGGAUGACGGCGACGACGAUGACGUGGUGGAGGUGUCGAGUGAGGGCACGGACGGAGACGAGGAGUACCAGGGCGGCGACGAGAGCAGCGACGACGACAGUGACGUGGUGAUGGAGGAGGAGGACGACGACGAUGACAGCGAUGUGGUGAUGGAGGACAGCGAGGACGAGGAGGCGGGGGGCAAGGCCGGCAAGGCCAAGGCCAAGGCCACGCCGAAGGCCGCUGCGGCCAAGCCCGCGGCUGCGGCCGCCAAGCAGCCGGCCAAGGGCAAGGGCAAAAAGGUCGCGGGCCCCGCCAUGACCAUCACACCCAAGGGCUCGGAGCCGGAGAAGAAGAAGCCGCUGGCGGGCACCAAGCACGCGCGCUCGCCGGCCAAGGACGAGCAGGGCUCUGGUGGCAAGGCUACAGGGGGCCCAAAGAAGGCGCCUGCCCGAGCAGCGAGCCCGACCGCGGCCGCCCGGCGCAAGUCCGCUGCCACCAAGGCCGUCUUCUCCACCAACCCCGGCUCCGCGUCUGCCAUUGCUGCGGUGGACGCAGCGGUGGCACAGCUGCCGCCGGAGACUGAGGUGGACUUCAGCCUGCUGCCUGAGGGCCAGGACGGCGCCGCCUACGCCAGUGCGCCGCCGCCCAACCAGGGCAACAAGGAGGCGCCGCGCGGCCACCCUGACUGCCUGACCGGCAAGACCUUUGUGAUCAGCGGCGUGCUGGACAGCCUGGGCCGCGAGGAAGCCACCGACUACAUCAAGCGCCACGGCGGCCGCGUCACGGGGGCGGUGUCGGGCAAGACGAGCUUCCUGGUGGUGGGACACCACACGGGCAGGAGCAAGUACCGGAAGGCCCGCGAGCACGGCACCAAGGUCAUUGACGAGGACGGCCUGUUCUCACUCAUCCGCGCCUCCGAGCCUUUCAUCCCGGCAGAAAACGCCGCAGCACCGCCCGCAUCCGCACCCGCCGCUGCCGCGCCCGCCUCGCAGCCCGCCUCACAGCCUCCGUCUCAGCAACCGGCCAGCCAGCCUGCCGCCGCGCAGCGGCCCGGCGCCGGCGCAGCUGCCGGCCCCUCCUCCGCCCGGCCAGCCGGCGUCACUCGGCAGCCUGCCGCCGCCGGGGACGCCGGCCAGUACCAGCUGUGGGUGGACAAGUACAAGCCGCGCAACAGCGCAGAGCUGGUGGGCAACAACACACUGGUCGACAACCUCAAGUCAUGGCUGAUGAAUUGGGAGCAGGUUCACCUCCGCGGCGGCGCCGCCCCCACGGCCAAGGGCGGCGGCAGCAAGCCUAAGGACCUGUCCAAGAAGGCGGCGCUGCUGAGCGGCCCGCCCGGCAUCGGCAAGACCAGCGCCGCACACAUCAUGGCGCGGGAGGCGGGCUUCGAGGUGGUGGAAAUGAACGCCAGCGACACGCGCAACAAGGCCGGCAAGACCAGCGAGGGCAUCGCCGGCAAGCAGUCCAACAUCAUCAAGGAGAUGGUCACCAGCACCACACUGCCGCCCGGGCUGUUCGGAGGCGGCUGCGGAGGCGGCUUGGGCAGCACGGCGCCGCGGCGGCAGCUUCUGAUCAUGGACGAGGUGGACGGCAUGUCGGGCGGCGACCGCGGCGGCGUCCAGGACCUGAUCGACACCAUCAAGCGCAGCAAGAUCCCCAUCAUCUGCAUCUGCAACGACAAGUACAACCAGAAGCUCAAGAGCCUGCGCAACCACUGCCUGGAGCUGGAGUUCCGCAAGCCCACGGUGCUGCAGAUCUCCAAGCGCAUGAGCGAGAUCGCGGCCAAGGAGGGCCUGGCCAUCAACCAGGCCACCAUGGAUGCACUUGUGACGGGCGCGGGCGGCGACCUGCGCCUCAUCCUGGGGCAGCUGCAGAUGGUGCGCCUGCGCAGUGUGGCGGUCAGCUUCGACGACGUGAGGAGCGGCCGCCUGGGCUCCAGCAAGGACAUGGACCGCUCGCCCUUCGAGUGCAGCCGGCAGCUGCUGGAGCCGUCCAGCGGCCAGCUGUCGCUGGGCGACCGGCUGGAGCUGGUGUUCGCGGACAGCGACCUGGUGCCGCUGCUGCUGCAGGAGAACUACGUCAACCACAAGCCCGCCAUCACAACGGACGCCGCCUCCCGCCUGCGCGCGCUGGCCAAGGCCGCCGACGCCUUCUCCGCCGGCGACGUGCUCAACACCAGCAUCCGCCGCCACCAGAACUGGGGCCUCAUGCCCGCCAUGGCCGUGGUGGGCUGCGUGCUGCCCUGCGCCUACAUGCGCGGCGGCCGCGAAGUGUUUGGGCUGUUCCCGGGAGAGAUGAACUUCCCGCGCUUCUCCGCCUGGUUCGGCAACAACUCCACCAGCGGCAAGCAGCGGCGGCUGCUGGGCGAGCUGUCCACCAGCAUGACGGCCUCGGGGCUGGUGGCGGCGGGGCGCAGCGGCGUGCGGUUGGAGUACGCCUCGGCGCUGAGGCACCUGCUGGCGCGGCCGCUCCAGCAGCAGCAGGAGGCGGCGGUGCCGAGGGUGGUGGCGGAGAUGCACGAGUACUGCAUAGACAAGGAGCAGUUCGACUACAUCCUGGACGUGACCUCCUUCAAGAGCAAGGCGCCCUGGGCGGCGGAUCUGUUCAAGGACGUGCCGCCCAAGGUCAAGGCCGCAUUCACACGGACGCUCAACUCCACGGCGCCGGCGGCGCGCUGCAAUGCGCAGGUGGAGGAGGUGAAGCUGGGGCGCGGCAAGGGCAAGGCCAAGGGCGGCCGCAAGGCGGCUGCGGAGGAGGAGGACGAGGAGGAGGGCGGCGAGGGUGGCGAGGGCGGCGAGGAGGAGGCGAAGCCCGCUGUCAAGCAGGAGUCGGGCGAGGGCGGGGAGGAGGAGGAAGAGGACGACGACGACGUGGACGCACGCACCCUAGCGCGGCGGCUGGCCAAGGGCGGGCUGGAGGUGCACCUGCAGGACGACGGCAAGGCUGGCAAAGGGAAAAAGGGCGGGACGGCGGGCGGUGGUGGAGGCCGCGGGAAAGCGGGCGCCGCGGCAAAGCCGGCGGGUGGGCGCGGCGGAGGUCGGGGCGGCGCCAAGGCGGCCGGGAAGAAGUGAGGAGCAUUGGGAUGCGGUAGGUGGGCCUGGGAAUGGUCAUGCGUAGGACAUGUGGGCGUGUGGCAUGUGCCACCGUGCGGUCUUUGGCUUUGAGCAGAGCGGUUGCCGGUUGCCGACUGUUGCCGUGAAGACCAUGUAGCAGUUGCGCACACUUUGGGCACGCACGACUGUCCGCAACCGGCGUGUAUGGUCAGACCAUUUACGGUAUUAAGCCGGAGGCUGACAGCCAGGCGCAUGAAUUAGGAAAGGGGUCGAGCAGAGGCCAUUUACCGGCAACUAAGUCUCGAGGCCAGGACCAAAUGUUCAACCGUGCAAGUGGCUGGUCGACUUCCAGGGCGAGUGCAGGGAGUAGCCGAGUCCAAGUUGUGAUGUGCACAUGUAUACCUCAACCAGCCCAUUCUUCUUUGGGAAGGGGAGGGAAACCCACCUCCCUUGACGAGUGCUGAUGGGGUUACGGGGGAAGGGCAAAGCCAGACGGGAGGAGCUCCAUAGCGUGGCUUCUGAGCGGGGCGGGCUUGGCAACUCGCAACACCCAAGACACUGCGCCGCAUGUUGUGGAGCCACGAUCAAGACUUUUGUGUGCAAUCGUAAUGGCGCCCUCAAGCCUUGAAAGUGGGCCCACAUGCAAGCCGCGGUGUUCCGAGUCCUCGCAUGCCGUGGCCGAGGCGCUAGUCGCGAUUCCUUUUAGCGUAUAGAAUGCAAAGAGUGAUAUUGGCGCUAAGCAGUCGCGCCUGAUAAACAGCUUAGCGAAGGGAAGCUGGCCCAGACGUGAGUCCUAUCCUUAAUAUGGUCAUUCAAACGAACAGCAGCGCAUACGGUGUACACAUGUAACCCAGCGCCGCG